CCGACUUGCCAGCUCACUCUGAUACCUGCCGCCUCACGCACCUGCUGACCUGCUGGAUGGAAGGAAAAGAUAAGAACCAGUAGGUGAAGAAAGAGUUCACAAGAAGGCAGACCGCGAAGGGACAAGGACAUCAAGGCACCAUGUCUUCAUCCAAACCAGAGGAGACGCUGGCCCAGGAGCUGAGCUGCCCCAUCUGCCUCCAGCUCUACCGGGAUCCAGUGGUGCUCCCCUGUGGACACAACUACUGUCGGGUUUGCAUCAGCAAGAGUUCUGACGCCAUAGACGGGAACAGUAAAGUGCUGCCCCGGUGCCCCGAGUGCCGCGAGGAGUUCAGCGGUGUGGAUUCCCUACAGAGGAACUUCAAGCUGUGCAACAUCAUCGAGGGUUACCGCUCCAGCACGGCUUUGAAGGAGCCUGAGUCCGACCCGCAGGACAAAACCGGCACUUUCUGUGACUACUGCAUAGACGACCCAUCGCCUGCCGUGAAGACUUGCCUGAAGUGUGAGGUGUCGCUGUGCUCCAGGCACCUCCAGAAGCACCAGGAGAAGGAGAGCUUCAGGAACCACUCCAUCGUGGAGCCUCAGGGCGAGAUGUGCGUGAAGACCUGCGCCAUCCACAGCUGCCCCCUCGAAUACUUUUGCUCCAACGACAUGACCUCUCUGUGCGCCAAGUGCUUUGUUGAAGGGCACCACCAGAAUCACGAUGUCCUCACCUUCAGCGUCGCUGAGGAGGAGAUGAGGAGAGCGCUGGGGAGUCGCACCAAGGUUCUUUCAACCCGCCUGCAGCUCACACAGAGCCUCCUGCAGAAGGUGACAGUAGACCAGGGAGUCUCCGAGGCCAUAGGAGAAAAAAUCGUCAACAAGGCGGUCUCAGUCAUGGACAGCAUUGUGGGACUCGUGGACAGGUACAGGGACCGUCUGCUGAAGCUGUUGGAGGAGGAGAGGGGCCAGCGCAGGAAAAGCUGGCAGUCUGAGGUGAAUGCACUGGAGGAGUCGCAACAGCAGCUGCUGGAGGUCCAGAGAAAAGCUGCACAGGUGCUCAAUGAGAGAGAUACAUGCCUCUUCAUACGCAGAUUUAUGAUGAUAGAAGAGCAGCUGAGGGAUGCUGUCACAGCCACUUAUACCACCAAAAUCUCCCCAAGUCCUCCAAUCAAUACCAAGCGUCUGCAGACAGGCCUGAAAACCCUGGACUUCCGCUCAGAAAUGACCCGGCUCAUCGACACACUCCACAUCCUUCUUAACCCCCAGGAGCUCUCCUUCAACGUCUGCACCGCCCACCCCAACUUGAAUUUGUCCACUGAUCUGUGCACGGUCAGGUUCACCUCUAACAAGCAGUCCUACAUGGACCACCCGGAGCGUUUCAUGACUGCGCCGCAGGUUCUCUGCAACCAAGGCUUCUCCAGCGAUCAGCACGUCUGGGUGGUAGAAGUUGGGCCCAACUGCAUGUGGUCCAUGGGCGUCUGCUACAAGAGCAUCCCGCGCCGCGGUGACCACAGCCGUCUCGGUCACAACACCGUGUCCUGGAGACUCCAGUGGAAAAACAGCAAAUUCACCGCGUGCAACUCGUCCAGUAAUGUCGUGCUUGCAGAAAAAAAGCCCCAUCCAACCAAACUGGAGAUGGCGCUGGACUACGAGGGUGGAACCCUCACGUUCCACAGCAUCAAAGGCAGCAGGGAGCACCUCUACACCUUCAAGGCUACCUUCAAAGAACCCGUUUUCCCAGCAUUCAGUAUUCAUUCAAGCAAUCAAGACUCCUGGAUCACGCUUCAAAAUGGAGUGUAGAAUGACUUUUCAUUAUGAACAAAACAAUAUAAAGAACAUUUUAGAGUCCCACAACAUGCAAACUUUAUUCUUCUGUUUAUAAACCUGUGUGUAAAAAAAACAAACACUUGUGGUGUAUCAUAUGUUUAAAA